CAGGCAAGAGAGACGCUGGUUCUGAGGGAGCACUAUGGCACUGUUUCUGGAGGCCAAGAAUGCCCAUUCGGUCCUGAAACGGUUCCCUCGUGCCAAUGAGUUCCUGGAAGAGCUGCGCCAGGGUACCAUCGAGCGGGAGUGUAUGGAGGAGAUCUGCAGCUACGAGGAGGUCAAGGAGGUGUUUGAGGACAAAGAGAAAACGAUGGAGUUCUGGAAGGGAUAUCCUAAUGCAGUCUACUCAGUCCGAGACCCUGCACAGAGCUCAGAUGCCAUGUAUGUGGUGGUGCCUCUUCUGGGGGUGGCGUUGCUGAUUGUCAUCGCCUUGUUCAUCAUCUGGAGGUGCCAGCUGCAGAAAGCCACCCGUCAUCACCCUUCAUAUGCUCAGAACCGGUACCUAGCAAGUCGCGGUGGGCACAGCCUGCCCCGGGUCAUGGUGUACCGGGGCACUGUGCAUAGCCAGGGGGAGUCCUCUGGGCACCGGGAGGCAGGGAGCAAUCCGCAGGUGGUGCUGGGGCCCAGUCGGGGGAGCAGAACCACAGUCCGCCUUGAGAGCACCCUCUAUCUUCCUGAGCUCUCUCUCUCUAGACUGUCCAGUGCCACUCCUCCCCCAUCCUAUGAGGAGGUGACUGCACCCCAGGAGAGCAGCAGUGAGGAGGCAAGUGUCACUUACAGUGACCCACCCCCAAAGUAUGAGGAGAUAGUGGCUGCCAACCCCGGCUCAGACAAGUAA